UAAAGCAUUCUAGAACAUUUUUCUUUGCGUGACAAAAUUCAUUUUCUAGAUCAUUCGAGAGCAUUUUUCUCUUCCGCGACGGACUGAGAACUAUCAAGUGUGUGUGUGGCGGACUUGGAAACAUCUAUACGGAAUGGGUCGAUCGGCGAAACUUUUCCUGGCGCCAUGGUGUCUGGGGGUCGUGCUGGUGUCGGUGGUCAGAUCUGAAUCCACCAGAACCAUCUGUCAUGUAGACAUUUGUGCCGGUGACGAGUUCUGUGACGAUGGAGCACGGCAAUGCCGACCGUGUGACAACAUCCGGGGUGACUGCUUGAAGGACUCACUUCCGGUUGACUGCCGAGCAUGGUGUAUAGGCUUUUUGGCUAGUGAAAAAGUUGACCAAGUCUUGCAGAGCAAAAGAGUCGAAGAUUGUCCAGACCCCGGACCGCUUAUAAACGGAAAUUAUACGCAUGUUCCUAAUUUUCGUCACGAAACUACCGUUACGUUUACGUGCGAUGAGGGACACCGGCUUUUCGGCGCCAACACUUCAACAUGCGUGGACUUCAAGACAUGGUCCGCCCCUUUGCCCGUGUGUGAAGUUACAGAUUGUCCAGACCUCGGUCCGCUUUACCAUGGGACCUACACACAUGCUUCUAAGUAUCGUCACGGAACUACCGUUACGUUUACGUGUGAUGUGGGAUACCGGCGUAUCGGCCCCAGCACGUCAACGUGCGGUGACUUCAAGACAUGGUCCAACUCUUUGCCCGUUUGUGAAGCUACAGAUUGUCCAGACCUCGGCCCGCUUGAACAUGGAAACUACACAUAUGCUUCUAAUUAUCGUCACGGAACCACCGUUACGUUUACGUGUGAUGAGGGAUACCGGCUUUUCGGCGCGAACACGUCAACAUGCGGGGACUUCAAGUCAUGGUCCGCCCCUUUGCCCGUGUGUGAAGCUACAGAUUGUCCAGACCUCGGCCCGCUUGAACAUGGAAAUUAUACACAUGCUUCCAGUUAUCCUCACGGAACUACCGUUACGUAUACGUGUGAUGUGGGAUACCGGCGUAUCGGCCUCAGCACGUCAACGUGCGGUGACUUCAAGACAUGGUCCGCCCCUUUGCCCGUGUGUGAAGCUACAGAUUGUCCAGACCUCGGCCCGCUUGAACAUGGAAACUACACAUAUGCUUCUAAUUAUCGUCACGGAACUACCGUUACGUUUACGUGUGAUGUGGGAUACCGGCUUUUCGGCGCGAACACGUCAACAUGCGGGGACUUCAAGUCAUGGUCCGCCCCUUUGCCCGUAUGUGAAGCUACAGAUUGUCCAGACCUCGGCCCGCUUGAACAUGGAAAUUAUACACAUGCUUCCAGUUAUCCUCACGGAACUACCGUUACGUAUACGUGUGAUGUGGGAUACCGGCGUAUCGGCCCCAGCACGUCAACGUGCGGUGACUUCAAAACAUGGUUAUCUCCUAUGCCAGAGUGUGAAGAGUCAGAUGUGAACCUAGUCAUCCCCUGGGAGAUUGCCACCUUAGUACUGGCGGUUGUUGUUGUAAUUCAGCAGGCCUUCAUCUGGUACAGGAGGCUCCGUCCGCGCAGGCGACAGAAGGAUGAGGAUGACGAAGAAAGUGGCCCCGGAGGUUCCGCAAACUCUCAACAAACAAAGAUGUAUAUCGGACGUGAAACUCCCAACUUGGAUUCGAGUAGAGAGUCUGGCAUUGACACCGCAAACGACAAUGAUAGCGGGGACGUUAGCGGAGACGAUACUGCCGUGAAGCGUGUAAGCGGAACCGGAACGGUCCCGAGUAAGGAGCGUAAUUAUUCAAAAGAAAGGGCUUCUAGCAGCCACAACUACGGAGUUGAAGGGAAUGACGUCACUGCAGAGCGUGGCGCGGGUACCGGCAAUGGUUCUGAAAGCGCAGAAAACGAUGGACGCCAGCAUAACGAUGGAGGCCAGCAUAACGAUGGACGCCAGCAUAACGAUGGACAUUAUCAAGGCCCUCAAGACAACACAAGAAGAUCGGCAGGAGAAGGCCAAAGUGUCGUGAUUAAUCAUAUUUCAACUACAGUUAACUAUAAAUCAGGCAAUGGGAAUGCUUCUACUGUAGCAUAUAAAUCUAACAACCAGAGUAACAACGUAGAAAACAGCAACAACACCAAUAAUGAUAACGACAACAGUCAUUUUGUUGAUGCAUCUCGAUCAAACAGCAAACCGGAACCAGCUCCACAAGACGCAUGCAGCGGCACCGAACGGAAGUCCGGAGAAACCGGAAGUGUUGAUCUCACGCGCGCCGCUAAAACACAACUACCAGAAGAAGAAAACAAGUUCGGAAUUCCAGACUCGGAUCUGACGACGGAGUGUCGUCAACCGGAAGAGGAAGGUGGAGGGUAUGAGUUGAUCACAAAUUUAGAAGAGUCUUAUGACCUGAACCGCUCUUCCAGUCUGCUGAAUGUUCGGUUGAGCGACGCGAGUGGGGACCAUUCCGACCACGAGGGGCGCCCAUUGCUUUCACCAUCAUCUAUCAACGAUGGCUGAUAUGGGUGAACGCAUUUUGAUUGUUAACAAGAUUUUCAACGAAAAUCGGGUUAUAAGAAUGAGGAUGCCGUUGGGCAUCCGGAGCUCCUCGGCCAUCGAAAACAACCUCGGAGGUAUAUGGACGGUUUCAAUGUGAGAAAUCGGUACACUUUAAGUCUGCUGCAAGUAGAUAGCGUAGUAGUUAUGUCUAACCCAUUCAUUGUUUUUGCCCUGUCCGUCAGUCAGUCAGUCCGUCAGUUCGUCAGUCCGUCAGUCUGUACGCCACACUUCGUUUCCGCUCAAUAACUAAAGAACACUUGCACCAAGGAACUUUAUACCUGGUAUGCCAGUUGAUCUUGACUAGUAGAUCACCCCUAUUGAUUUUCAUGUCAGUAGGUCAAAGGUCAAGGUGAACUUGAGGUAAAAUAACGUUUCCGCUGAUUUACUAAACAACACUUUGGCCCAGGAACGUCAUACUUGGUUUGCUAGUUGGUCUUGAUUAUUAAAUGACCCUAUUGAUUUUGAGGUCAGUAGGUCAAGGUCAAAGUGGCCUUCAGGUAAAAAACAAUUUGUUGGUCACCAGUCUGUACGUCACACUUCUUUCCUCUCAAUAACUAAUGAAAGCUUGAACCCAGACACUUCAUAGUUGGACCCAGGAACUUCAUAUUUUGUAUGCGGUUUGGUCAUAACCAGUAUAAUAACCCCUAUGUUUGUUCGUCUCCAGUCCAAAAAAUACGAAUUUCAUGUCCAUCAUUGAGUAUUUCUCACCUACGACCAAACAAUGGGGGAGACCAGCGCUUUUUCAAAAAAGCAAUCUCUAGUUUUAUUUAGCAGUUAAAUUUAAUGACUUAACUCUUGGGAAUCUUGAUUAUGUUUGCAAUAAUACACUUCAUUGGCAAACAAUUUAAACUAAAAUCAACAAAUACAAGCUAAAAACUACAUUUAAUUAAUGAUAUAAUUCAAAAUUUUACGAACUAAUUCAACUGAUGUGCCGGCAUACAUCUGAGGUUGAUUUCAAUAAAAAUGGCCGAGGAGUUCCGAAAGUGUCGUUUGGGUUUGUCAAUCCGGUCGUCUGCUCAACACUUUAGUUCGGAUAAAAAAUGUUUUUAGUAUAAGUAACCUCGAACUUGAUCCCACAAUCAAAAAUGCAA